CUCAUAGCUUGCAAUUCGACGUCAAUUGAUCCCUCAACUUUGAGAGAAUUGCUUCUGGGGUCUUUGGGAACUCAUCAUGUUCUUGUCUCGGGCGGUACGAUGCCCACCGCAGCUCCGCGCCAGCUAUGUCGAGAUUUCCAACUACUUCCGCGGCCGACGGCCGGCGUUCAACCGAACAUUCUACGCUCACAGCUCGCCUCUGCGAGCGCCCCAUGGCAUUCAACCUCCUCCGGAGCAGUCAGACGCUGAUAAGUCUGCUUCUGCUGCGCUAGCGAGCUUCAAAAAGUCCAUCGAAUUCCCGUCCCCGACAUAUGACUUCGAAACAUUCUUACGCACAGCCCAACCCGGUCAAGAGGUUGUACUCCAAGGCUACGUCAGCAGUCGCAGAGAGCUCUCCAGCAAGCUCGCAUUCAUCCGUCUGAGGGACCCGACCCUGAAACACAGCGUGCAAGUUGUCUCAACUCAGAAGAGCGGAACAUUUGCUGCGGCCAAAGCAGUGCGCACGCACAGUCCGGUGGUCAUCAAGGGCACAGUUCAGAAGAAGCAAGCGAAGGAUGCCGAAAUGGCCGAGAAGGAUCCGUGGGAGAUUGUCCUGACCGAGAUCCAAGCCCUAAACGAGUUCCCGAAAGACAUCGUUCUGACUGGCGAACACGCCCACCCACCAAAGCACCGACACCUACAACUACGAUCCAGCGACGAGCUACGGGACGCGCUGCGAUUCCGGGCCGAGGCCCGCAACGUCUGCCGACAGGAGCUGGAACAGGCCCGGCCAGGCUUCGUGGAGAUUGAAACGCCGAUGCUCUUCAAGUCCACGCCCGAGGGCGCUCGCGAGUUCCUGGUCCCGUCGCGCAAGCGUGGCCUGGCAUAUGCGCUGCCGCAGAGCCCGCAGCAGUACAAGCAGAUCCUCAUGGCCAGUGGAAUCCCGCGCUACUUCCAGUUCGCGCGGUGUUUCCGCGACGAAGACCUCCGCGCGGACCGACAGCCGGAAUUCACGCAGCUGGAUCUCGAGAUGUCCUUCGCCACCGGCAACGACGUCAUGCAGGUCGUCGAAGGCGUGAUCCGUCGGCUCUGGUCUGAGCUGAUGCCGGAGCCGGCGCCCUCGGGCCCCUUCCGCCGCAUGCCCUACCAGGAAGCGAUGAGCCGGUACGGCUCCGACAAGCCCGACACACGAUACGGGAUGGAGAUCUCACGGAUCGACUACCUCCUGCCGGUGGACCUAGUCCAGAAGAUCACGCCGCUUACGGACCCGGUGGUGGAAGUCUUCAGGCUCGAAGGCAACGACAACGACCCGGCCGCGACGCAGGAGUUCAUCACGCGCUUCCUGGACUCACCGGAAGGCGCGCCGUUCAACGAGAACCCAGACGGCGGACCGGGGAUCUUCGUGGUGGACGCGAAGAAGCCGCUGAGCGGGCUGCAACCGUUCGGGUUCGAGGCGGCGGAGCACCUGGAGACGACGCUGGGGAUCGAACACGGCGACCUGGUGGUGAUCCAGGCGCGGGCGCAGGGGUCGCUGACGGGCGGGUCGACGGCGCUGGGCAACCUGCGGCGGGCGCUGCACGCGGCGGCGGUGGCGACGGGGUUCAAGCCCGCGCCGCCGGGCUUCGAGUUCAUGUGGGUGGUCGACUUCCCGCUCUUCACGCCGGCGGCGGAGGACUCGGCCGAGGAGCCCGGCCAGGGCGGCGCGGCGGGCUUCUCGGCCACGCACCACCCGUUCACCGCGCCCAAGUCCGCCGCCGACGUCGACCUGCUGACCUCCGCCGACCCGACGCAGGCCACCGCCGACCACUACGACCUGGUUGUCAACGGCGUCGAGCUGGGCGGCGGCAGUCGCCGUAUCCACGACGCCGCCGUCCAGGAGUUCGUCUUCCGCCACGUCCUUCGCAUGCCCGACCACCGCAUCGCCGACUUCGCCCACCUGCUCGAGGCCCUGCGCGCCGGCUGCCCCCCGCACGCCGGCUUCGCCCUGGGCUUCGAUCGCCUCGUCGCCGUCAUGCUCGGCAAGGAGUCCGUCCGCGAUGUCAUCGCCUUCCCCAAGAUUGGCAAGACCGGCGAGGACCCCAUGGUCAAGGCCCCCAGUCCUAUCAGCGAGGAGGCUGCCAAGAUCUACCAUCUGUCGGUGAAGGAGUGAUGGGGUGGUCUGGGCUUGUAUCUUAGCUUUAGACCGGGGGGGAAAACCCAUGUUCCCGUUCUUGGACGGUACCUUGCUACGGGGUAACAGACUGUAUUAU